AUGGUUGAUGAAGUGAAUAUGAAUAAUGUUUGUUCAACACCGAGUUGUGGCAAGCCAGCAAAACUGAAGUGUCCAACAUGCAUUAAGCUGAAGUUAAACGAUUCUUUUUUUUGUUCACAGGAAUGUUUCAAGGAGAAUUGGCCUAUGCACAAGAUAAUUCAUUUGAUACCGACAGCAAAAAAGGGAGAUGAUGAUGAAGGUGAUGAGAAAGAAUAUGAUCCUUGGCCAACUUAUAAAUUCAGUGGUACUCUCAGACCAUUUAGACAAGGUGUGCAGCGUUGUGUACCGCUAGGAAUACCACGUCCCGAUUAUGCGUUACAUCCGAAUGGUACUUCACUCGAGGAAAGAGCUGCCAAGAGAGACACACCUAAGAUAUUAAACGGUGAAGAAAUAGAAGCAAUGAAAGUAGUAUGUCGUUUAGCACGCGAAGUGCUCGAUGAAUGUGCCGCACUAUGUGCACCCGGCGUAACAACUGAUGAGCUUGAUAGAAUUGUUCAUGAAGCAGCCAUUGAACGUGAAUGUUAUCCAUCACCACUCGGAUACUACCGUUUUCCAAAAAGUGUUUGUACAUCAGUGAAUGAAGUUAUCUGUCAUGGUAUACCAGAUCUAAGACCGCUCGAAAAUGGAGAUAUUUGUAACGUGGAUGUAACAGUUUAUCACCGUGGCUUCCAUGGAGAUUUGAAUGAGACAUUAUUGGUGGGUGAUCAGGUUGAUGAAGAAUCAAAAAAGUUGGUGGCGGUCACUUAUGAGUGUAUAGAAGAAGCGAUCAAAAUUGUUCAUCCGGGUGUUAAAUUUCGCGAGGUGGGUAAUGUGAUUCAAAAGCAUGCAAAUGCAAAUGGUUUCAGUGUUGUGAAAACGUAUUGUGGACAUGGUAUUAAUAGAUUAUUCCACACUGCGCCCAACGUGCCUCACUAUGCCAAAAAUAAGGCAGUAGGAGUGAUGAAGGCUGGUAAUACAUUUACAAUUGAACCGAUGAUUAAUGCUGGUUCAUAUCACGACCAACAAUGGCCCGAUGGUUGGACUGCUGUUACGGUAGAUGGUAAACGUUCAGCGCAAUUCGAGCAAACACUUUUAGUGACUGAAACGGGUUGCGAGGUGUUGACAGCGCGUCCUUGCGGUCAUCCGUGGUUCAUGGAUCAGCUGAAGAAUAGUUAA